GUCACACUGGGUUGAUUGGUGACGUAGAGAGGUUCCUCGCUGCGAUUGGUCCAGUCAGGAAGGAGCACAAAGGGCGGUGAAAUCCAGUGGAGACUUCAAAUUUGUGGUCGGUGCCGUCCCGCGUCGGUUGCACGGGUGCCAUAAAACAAUUCGCAUUAUAGCACUUGUCGGCGUCUCUGCCGCGUCCCUCAAACAGAGGUUCCUGAUUCCAACACAUCUCAAAGCCGACAUCAAACUUCGCAGCAUCGUGAGUUACAGACCACCACACCCGAUGACUACCAAAGCAACUAGACAAGGGGCGGACAAGAAUGGCAGCAAGCAAGGUGUUGCAGUGUGCCUCAAGCGGCCGGCCGAGCCCCAUGCAGACUCCAAGAUCCCGCUCAAGCGUGCCGUCCUCGGCGACAUCACCAACCCCGCCCCUGCGGUCGGCGAGCGGGGCAAGCCCUGCCGGCAUUCUCUGCGCUGUCGGAAGCCCGCCACCGUUAAACUGGAAGCCAGUCCCAAGGUGGAGCCAGAGGAGAAGACUGCGAUCCCCCAGCCCCCGCUUCCGGAGGGCGUGGCAGACUUCGACAUCGAGUCCAAGGACGACCCCUUUGCAGAGUCUACGUACGCCGCCGACAUCUUCCGGUAUUACAAGGAGCGGGAGGUGCGCUUCCGGACGGCCCCGUACCUGGAGCGCCAGCCCGAACUGUCGGCAGCCAUGCGCGCCAUCCUGGUGGACUGGAUGGUGGAGGUGCAGGAGAACUUUGAGCUGAACCACGAGACGCUGUACUUGGGGGUGAAGAUGGUGGACCGCUACCUGUCGCUGGCACCCACGCCCAAGACCCAGCUACAGCUGGUGGGGGCCACCGCCCUCUUCCUGGCCUGCAAGUUCGACGAGCGCUUGCCGCCCGCCGUCCAGGACUUCCUGUACAUCUGCGACGACGCCUACAGCCGCCAGGAGCUGCUCGCCAUGGAGAUCACCAUGCUGAAAGUGCUGGACUUUGAGCUGGGCCUGCCCGUCUCGUACCGGUUCCUGCGGCGCUACGCCCGCUGUGCCCACCUGGCCCUGGAGACGCUGACACUGGCACGCUUUGUUCUCGAGAGCUCCCUGCUCGACUAUGCCCUGGUGGAUCGACCGGAGUCCCUCCUGGCCGCAGCCGCCCUGCUCCAGGCGCUGCGCAUGAAGGGCAUGGCCUGGUCUGCGGCGCUGGAGCACUGGACCGGCUACGGCGAGUCUGAGCUGGAGGAGCUCCAGAAGCACCUGAACCAGCUGCUCACGACUCAGCAGACUGGCAACCUCGAGGCCAUCCGCUGCAAAUACUCGCACACGGUGUUCUUUCAAGUGGCCCUGACACCCCUGCUGCCACUUUGAGGGCUGCCACCAGCACCGCCGUCACUUUCCUCGACGGGCGCGCAAGACGGAAGACGAUGGUCACUCUCCGGUCCACGUUUUUGCCCCUCACAGGGAGAUUCUAAAGCGGGCCUCAUCGUAAAGGCUUUUAGCCACCUUUUAAGCAGUAAUAUCGAGUUAUUUGACAGGUGCGAGAGGCUUGAUCCCACGUUUCUGUGCAGAGUUCUUUGCUUCGUUGAAAUAAGCCAACGGUCGUAGUCGCGUAAAGCACGGAUGAAUUGUGUAAAAAAGAGCGAGGCCCGCUUUGGAAAGGAGCUGCUAGGGAUGAAAAUGUGGGAUAAAUGCGGGGGCCAAGAUGUGGCGUGACCUUCGUCUUCCUUCCUGGAUGGCUGUCGAGGUGCUCCACAACUCCGAUUUCCAGUGGCCAUCAUCCCGCAAUACAGAAGAGCCCCUGUACAUAGCCACCGGCCCCUCCUUUUUGGAAACCAUUUUAGACUUUUAGCCAGCCAUCCUUCGUGACACUCUCAUUGUGUAAAAAUACAGCUCGCUCUUUGUCCACUGUU